CGUCUGAGCCAAGCGCAGCUCAGCCUGAGGCAUCGGAGGAAGCCUCAUAUGGUGGAAUGGGGGUGCGGGGAGUGAAAGCACGCCUGGCAGUUGAAUUAUUUUCAACGCAAGCGUGCAAAGAUGUGCCGUAAAGAAGCAUUUUUAUUGUUUAUUAAAUUUAUAUCCCGCCCUUCCUCCCAGAAAGUAUCGUUUAGGAAGACGGGCACUCUGAUGAACCCCCAGUCCUCCUGAAGGAGCGGCUUUACUCUGGGUGAACUCUCACUCUUUUUCUUUUCUGAACGCAAGAAGGUUCAUCAUCACCCUAACUAUGUCUAAACCAGUCCUGUUGAAUUCAGUGGGACUUACUGCCAGAAACGGACAGCCUGAUCCUUUGCAUGUUUACUCAGAUGUAAGCCUGAGUUCAAUAGGGCUUACAAGUCGGUCUGCAUAGGUUUGCCUCGGGCUGUUCUUUUAUUCGCAUUUCCGUGGUUGGAAGCUCAGCGUGACUUAACUGCAAACGUAAAGAAUCGAGUUUUACUGCGUGCAUCUGCUGGGCGAAGAAAUGCAGCGUUUAUUAUUAAAAGGGAGGCUCUCCCCUCCCCCGUACAACGGAUUGGCUGUGGUGGCGGAGAUUCUUUGUGACGUCACCGCGGUUUUGGUACCUUGCGGUUUUACAAACGAAACGAUUGAACAGCCGCUUCAGAGGAGAUCGGGUCAUCAGAGAAGAAUCAGCACAUCUGAGGAGGAUUUGUGCACCAGGGAGCCUUUAAUUAUCAUGAAUGAAGUAGCAGACCCUCUUGCCAUCUGCCACAUUUCCCCGGAGCUGAUCUAUAAAGAUCUAGAGAGCUGCAGCACAGCUUCAGAGAUUUCUCAAAAUGAAGUGCAGGAUUCAGUGAGGAAAAGUGAACUUGAUUGCACACUUUCCAAGGAAAAACAUCAUUUUGAGCCACUGUUUGAAGAUUUCAUAUAUGGUUUUGAAGAUGCUUCAGAAAAACUAAUGUCGCCACUGAACAUUCUAAGAACUUGCUCUAUAAACAAAGAGUCUUAUUUUAUCACUGAGAGGAAGGAAUCCAAUGAUGAGUUAUUGUCCCAAGGAGAAUCAGAGCAACAAUGCAGAGUCCUAGAUUGGCCAUCGGAAAGGUAUAGAAUGGAAAAAGACUCAAGUCAAAAACAUUCACAGGAAGUCAUGACAGAGAAUUAUAUUCUAGUUGAGGAGUUCCUGGUGGAUUUAUCAGAUGUGCCUAUUAUGGGAGAGUCAUUAUUGGAUUGCAUUGUGAAGGAAUCUCCCAUCGUAUCAAGUUUUCUCACUCAGCCCACAGGCUCUUUAUUGAAGGCAAAUGUGCAUGUGGCCAAUGAAGAUUUGCUUGUUAAAUGGAAUGGAUCAAAUGUGAAUGAAGAAACAUCAAGUCAUGAAGGCAAUAUGAUGGACAUGGGACAACACACUGAACCAACAAAAGAUUUCCAGGACUCAGAGCUCACAGUUUCUCCAGAUGCUUUGGAUGAAAACCUGGAUUACAUUCGCACUCUUAUGCAGUCAAACAGACACUUAAAAGAAUGUCUCAGGAGCAAUAUAGCACAUUGUAUCAGCAAAGAGAAAGUGGCUGAUAGCACUUCUCUACCAGAAGGUAUUGAAGUGUCCCAAGGACAGCAUAAUGCUGAGUCUUCGUCUCUCUAUUCAGAGAAGUCCUUCCUUAUGGAAGAAGAACGUAGGCAAGGGGACAGAGGCGACAAAGGUCUUUUGCAACCCCAUACUAACAAGAGCUGUUGCUUGAGUCCUUAUGAAGCAUCACACAAACUGUGCAAGAGGAACACCCCAGUAUUUAUUCCAAAGCAAUUGCUGCUUCAAGAAGGCGACAUGGACUUCAGCAAGGUCAUUAAGGACUUAGAACAGGACCAACAGAAGCAACUGUCCCAUAUUGUAGAACUUCAGCAUGGCAAUAUAUUUUUUGAGAAGAAGAUUAAAGAAAUAGAGAAAGUACUUCUUGAAGAAGGAAAUAUGGAUUUAAACAAAACCAUCCAGGUACUAGAGCAGGACCAAAAGAAGCAACAAACCCAAAUAAUGGACCUUUACUAUGAUAAUGUUUCCUUGGAGACCAGAAUUAAAGAGCUGGAGGAGAACUUUCUCAAGAAGCAUGACUUUAUUGACACCAUAAGAAAGCUGAAGGAGAACAUUGCUGAUCUCACAGAAGCAAAGAACAAAGUCAAGGAGGAGAAUGAGGCAGAGAGGUGCCCGAAGAGCAUGGAGGAUGCUUUAGCCCACCCAGAUGAUCAUCAGCAGGACUUUGAGUCUGACAAAAAAGAUCUGAUGUGGCAAUUGGAAAAGCUUAAUGCUGAUUAUAGGGUCCUUCAAGAAAAGCACCAGGCAGAGACAGAAGAGAAAGUCAGAUAUAGGAUAAAGUGUGCAGAGCUGGACUGCACUCUCCACAAGAAAGAGCAAGAGAUACAAGAGUUGAAUUGCAUCAUACAAAAAUUGGAGCAUGAAGCUAGUGGCAUGAGAUCAGCUCUGCACAAAUUGAAGGAAGAGAGGGAGGACACCGAGAAGCAUUCCCUGUCUUUGCAGGCAGAAUUGCAGAGGCAGAAGGAUGAGAGACUGGCAGAAAGGGAAGAGCUGAGCUGCAAGUACAAUAAACUGGUUGCUCAGAUUAAACUUCUGCAGGAGGAAUUUGAGAAUGAACAGGCUGAGAUGGAGAAAAUGCAGCAGCAGGUCUGUGCAUUCAGAACAGAGAAGACUGGACUUCAGCAGCAAAUGGCAAAGGACAAACAGCAAACUCGCUUCUUGCAGCUGGAGUCUGCCAGGUGGAAAGAACAGCACGACCAGAUUGGAGAGCCACAAACAUUGAAGGAGCAGAUGCAGUACCAAAUGAUCCAGAUCCUCAGACAUAAACUUGGAUUACAGAGGGAAGAGUUGAGAAAGAAAGAAGAAAUAAUUGAGUGGAACAUGCACAUUCUAGGAAGGUUUCUUUUGGACAUGAAAUCAAUGCAUUCAGAUUUGUCCAUCAGAAGCCUCCACGGUGAAGAAGAUCAUUUCAACUCUCCCUAUGUCCAGAAAGCAUCUCACCUCUUGUCAAAAAUCCGCAGUCUUCUGGCCCUUGCAGAAGGAUUACUUACCUGCCAGGACACAGAUAAUCAGGCAAUUGCUGAAUGUUCCACGAAAAGUGAAACUGUUAUUGAGCUGAAGGGAAAAAUGAAGAGCCUGUCAUUAAAAAAAAAAAGCUUGGAGAAAGAGUUGCAGAAACACAAGGAGCAUAUAGCAGCCAUGAGGAAAUUAAUAAUUAACGAGAAGUUGUCUGAAGACCAUGAUACUAUGGCUACAGAAGCUGGUGAAGAGGAAUCUGAUAGUGGCGCAGACCUGCCUGAUCUUCUGAGAUCAAAGCUGGGUGAACACAACAAGCAAAGUGAUGAGCUCCAUGGUGCGAUUAAAGCAUUGGAAGGUAAUUUGGCAUCCAAAGAAGAAGUAUGCAAGAAGCUCACUGGAGUAAAUGGCAAGCUUCAGAAGGACUUGGGUAACUUGACAUGCAAGGUGACAUCAUAUGAGGAAAUUAUUGAACGUGCUGACCAAAGGCUUGAGCUAGCCAAUUCAGAAAUAUCAUAUUUAGAGAAAAGAAACCAGGAUUUGGAAGAUAUAAUUAAGAAGUUCAAAAUGAAUACCAGAAAGCUGAGAAUGCACCAGCAAAAAAAACGUGAGUUUGAAGGGGCCUUAAAGAAGAUGAGCUAUGUGACAUCAUGGGGGUCAGUUUUCCUUCUUCCACUCCAUUUCAUUGGUUGCUGUGUGUAGUGUGGGGUGGGGUGAGGAAACUCUGAACACAAUGUCAUCACACCAUGUGUCUUUGAUUUUUUGGGAGACAAGGGGCAUAGGCAGUUGGCAGGCACCUUCCUCUUAAUGUAUUGUUUGGGUCUCAGUACUUGGGAGGAAAUCCCAGUACCAUCCUUUCUUUAGAACCUUAUCAAGUAAACAGAUAAGCAGGAAUGUCUCUUACCAUGUAUUUAUAUGAUAUGUACAACAGUGUGUGUUUUUAACUUUUCUUUUUUUGGCAGCGUUACUACCAUUAGCAUGCAGUAAAAAUGAAUAAGUAACUUGAGAAUCCAAGGUUCUCAAGGCUACAACAGACUGAUCUAUCUGCUGACUCUGAAACAAUGUUGAUGAGCAUUACAAAAAUAGGUGCUGGAACCAGUAUGGAGGGAAAGCUAAAUAGAAAACCAGCUAAACUCAGGGUUGCUUCAAACUGUAAUUUUCUCACAAUGGCUUACCUUUUUUACUAGAUUGCCAAAUGCAUUAUGGGAGGGAGUCAGCUCAGUAUGUGAUGAUGCUCAGCUCUGUAUCUCCCUUUUGUUGAUUCAUGGGAAGGCUGGGAAAACUCUCAAUUGGUGUGUGGAAUCAGUGGUGGGCUGGAUGAGUAGACAAGACAGAGGUACUAUUAGUUAAGCAGCCUGUCGGUCUAGGGAUCAGAUCUUAGCCUCUUCUGUGCAGAGUUGCACUGCCCUUAAAAUAUCACAUUUAUAGCUUGAGAGUACUUCUGGAUCUAGCACUGACAGACACUCAUGUAUCAAGCUUUUGUCCAGCUUUGGCUAGUGUAUCAAUUCCACCUAUUCUUCAUUCAGUCCUGGCUAUGGUCCUAGAUUUAUUUAUUUAUUAGAUUUAUAUCCUGCCCUUUCUCCCAGUAGGAGCCCACUAGAUUCCACUAAUUACAUCUCAGUUGGACUACUGUAAUAUGCUCUAGGUGGGUCUGCCCUUGAAAACUACUCAGAAACUUCAGUUUCCUGACAAAUUGCUAUGACCCUUUUAUUGUAGCAGCUGAAUGCAAUUCAAGGUGCUGGUUAUUUACCUGUCAAGUUAUUUGGUUACGCCAGUAACAUCCCAAUACAUUUCAGGCUCCAGCUGUCAUGCAAUUAAAGUAACAUGUCUGUUAUAGGUUAUAUUUGUUAUAGGUUACUGGGCACACAUGUAUUUCAUGGAAGCUGUAUCUACCAUAUUGGAAGAUUGUGUUGUGUGAAGUUGGCCACUUAAAACCAUAUUGGCCACAUACUUUAGGGCUAAACUAUGUGUUACACACAUAUGCACAAAAUAUUACCCUGACAGCUCUUUUUAAACUGGAAAUAUGCUGCUAGAAGGACAAUUGGAUUGGGAGAAGUGAAGAAAGGGAAACUUCAGCCUUCUCCACCUCCUGCUUCCUUGUGUUUCCAGUUAAAAAAGAAUGAUCGAGAUAACAUUACCUGUAUUUGCUUGUAUCAUCUAGUCUGGCCCUCAGUACUGUUAGCUGCCUGGUUGUGGUUCUUGAUCUUAUCCAUAGUCUUGGGCAGGGAUUGUUAGUCUCUGCUGUCUUCUCCCCUCCCAAACUACAACAUCUAUGUGGUCCAGAAGCCUUUUUUGGGUGUGUGUGAGUGUCAUAGCAU